GGCCUGGCUGGGCGUCGCGGACUCCGGAGAUGGAGGAAAAGGAGCAGCUACGGCGGCAGAUCCGCCUCCUGCAGGAUCUAAUUGAUGACUACAAAAACCACCAUGGCAAUGUCCCUGCCCCAGGCACCUCUGCUACUUCCCGGUGGCAGCCACCUACUUACCACAGUGGCAGGGCCUUUGGUGCCCGCUACCCUCGUCCAAGUCGGAGGGGCUUCUCCUCACACCAUGGGCCUUUGUGGCGCAAGAAAUACUCCCUUGUGAAUCAUCUCCCGGGAUCCUCUGACCCAGCUGGUGACCGUGCUGUGCAGGCAUCCCUUGGGGUCAAGGGCAGUCAGGACCCCAGCCCCCAGCAGUAUGUCCUUGAAAGACAAGUCCAGCUCAAUCCAGAUCAGAACAUGAUCAUCAAAAUCAAGCCACCAGCAACGUGCAGCUCCAUCAGUGCUCCAGGGACCCAGCAGAGUUCUUUGGAAGAGUAUGAUGACUCCCUCUGGAGUGACCAAAGACCCAGGGAAGGUGAGGGUGAGCCCCCUGGUGGGCAGCUGCAGCCCUCAAGGCUGGGAAGAGCCCGGGGGAAUUGCAGUGUGGAGGACUCCCUUCUGAUCUGCCAGAAGGAGCCUGGCAAGUCCCGGGUAGUGAAGUCUGCAGCCAGCAUGAGUGGCAGCCCUCCAGAGCCUCGCAGGACGGUCAGUGAGAGUGAAAUGGCUACCAAGGCACGCUUCCCUUCUACUCUGCCCCCACGCGCUGGUGUGGGCCCUGGCCGCAAGGCAUGUCCUCGUUCUGCUUCCAUCUGUGCUGCACAGCUCCUCAGUGACCAGAGGGCGAAUGCUGGACACCCAGAUCCGCCAGCUCUCUCAGGCUCAGUGGUGGCCCUGUCCAGACCAGCCUCAGGGACUAGGCAGGCCCGGGAGGCCUCACUGCUAGUGUCUUGUCGAACCAACAAGUUCGGGAAAAACAACUACAAAUGGGUAGCCACCUCAGCAAAGAGCCCCCGGGCCACUCGGAGGGCCCUCAGUCCCAGAACAGCUGCAGAGAGUGUGAACAGGACCCCAUUUGGUACAGCUGGAAAGACAGAGAAACCACAGCCCAGAGCUGACCCGGAGGCCAGGCCCCGGAAGCUGGCUACAUCCUCCAAGCCCGGACCCCCCAUCAGCAAGUACAAAUGGAAGGCCUCCAGUCCCUCUGCCUCCUCCUCUUCUUCCUUCCGUUGGCAGUCAGAGGCUGGCAGCAAGGACCAUGCCUCCCAGCUCUCCCCAGUUCCAUCUAGAUCCCCGCCAGGGGACAGAUCAUCAGUGGAACCUGGCAGCUUGAAACCCCUCUUUGGGGAGCCAUCACUCUCCACUUACAAAGUAAAGAGCCGCACCAAAAUCAUCCGGAGGAGGGGCAGUACCAGCCUUCCUGGGGACAAGAAGAACAGCCCCUCAGUGGCCACUGCUAACAAGAACUUUCUCAGCCUAAGGCGGAGACAGACCCUUCGGGGGAAAAACAGUCCCAUUCUGAAGAAGACCCCCAACAAAGGCCUAAUGCAGGUUACCACACACCGUUUAUGCCACCUGCCACCGAGCCGGGCCCACCUCCCCAUCAAGGAAGCAUCUAGCAUGCACCUGCGGACUCCACCAACCAGCAAGGUGAUCAAGACCCGCUACCGCAUCGUCAAGAAGACUCCGGCUUCUCCACUUAGUGUCCCUUCCUUCCCUCUGUCUCUGCCCUCUUGGAGGGCCCGGCGGCUCUCACUGUCCAGGUCCCUGGUACUGAACUGCCUGCGUCCGGCCGUCAACGGGGGUGGGAAAGCCCCACCUGGCUCCCCUCGGUGGAGGAGCAAAGGCUACCGCUGCAUUGGAGGGGUUCUCUACAAGGUGUCGGCCAACAAGCUCUCUAAGACCUCCAGCCGGCCUGGUGAUGGCAGCAGGACCCUCCUCCGCACAGGCCGACUGGACCCUGCCAGCAGCUGCAGUCGUUCCCGGGCCAGCCGGGCUGUCCAGCGCAGCCUGGCCAUCAUCCGGCAGGCAAGGCAGAAGAAGGAGAAGAAGAGAGAGUACUGCAUGUAUUACAACCGCUUUGGCAGGUGUAACCGCGGCGAGCACUGCCCCUACAUCCACGACCCUGAGAAAGUGGCUGUGUGCACCAGAUUUGUCCGGGGCACAUGCAAGAAGACGGAUGGGACCUGCCCCUUCUCCCACCAUGUGUCCAAGGAGAAGAUGCCCGUGUGCUCCUACUUCCUGAAGGGGAUCUGCAGCAACAGCAACUGUCCUUACAGCCAUGUGUAUGUGUCCCGCAAGGCGGAGGUCUGCAGGGACUUCCUUAAAGGCUACUGCCCACUGGGCGCGAAGUGCAAGAAGAAACACACACUGCUGUGCCCCGACUUUGCCCGCAGGGGUGCAUGUCCCCGUGGUGACCAGUGCCAGCUGCUCCAUCGCAACCAGAAGCGUCACGGCCAAAGGGCAGCUGCAUCUGCUGCCCCAGGGCCCAGUGAUGCCACCCCCAGGAGCAGGGCCCCAGCUGGCCACGGACCCAGGAAGCCCUCAGCUGCCCAGCGUCCCACCAGACAGAUGCCCAGCUCCCCCUCCUGCAGGGCGGUAGCCCCGUCCUCCCCUCCCCCUUCCUCAAGGGUAUUAGCCUCAGCCUCUCCCUUACCAUCAAAGGCUGCUGCUGCCUCCCCCUCUUCCCCCUCUCCUUCCUGUUCCCCUUUCCCCUCGGACCAGGAGGAGCCAUCUCUCCGGGAGGAAGCUGCCUCUUUGGGCAGCCUCAGAAAGCUGCCAUCCUUCAUCUCCCUGCACUCCUCGCCGAGCCCGGGAGGCCAGCCUGGGGCCCGGGUCCUUAGGAGCCCCCUCACCAAGGACUCAGGAAAGCCGCUACACAUCAAACCACGUCUGUGAGUGCCCUGGGGACCAGCCUGCACCUACCUCAGAACUUCACCCCUGGAGAGAACAGAGGCUCUGCCAGCCAAUCUGCCCCCAAAGAGGGAUUGUCUGCCACCAAGCCCUGCCAGGGGCCCCCACACAGGGGCAUAGCUCUGUCUGCCAGCUUUCAACCUUCCUUGGCCUGUGUGUGCCUAUGGCCUCUUCUUCCUCCCUCAGGCCAGGCCCCCACUUCCCUUUCAUGUUCCUGGUCCUUGGGCUCACACCCAGGACUUGCCUGUCAGACCCCACCCCUUGGGAUGCCAGGCAGGGCUUACCCCAGCCUGUCCCGUGUCAUGAGUGUGAUAGCAUCCAAGGGCCAUGUAUCCCCAGCCUUCCCCACCCGGGACUCCUGCCCAGGGAAUUAGCCACUGGCCAGGCCUCCCUGGCAGGCAUUUUAUGUUCAGCAAUAAAGGUUCUGCCCUGUGUCUGGUUGGCCCAU